AUGGAUAAUGCAGUUCUGUUAGACUUGUCUCCUCAGCGGAAGCAAGCGACAACCGCGUGUGAAAAAUGCCGUGCCCUCAAGGUAAAAUGUAUUCGACGCGGAGAAGGACAGUCUUGUACCAAAUGUGCCAGAUCAAACUCUCGAUGCAUAUUUCCAGAGCUGAGACAGCGAGCUCGAGUUUCACGACGAGCAAAACCGCGAUUGGUCGAUCUUGAGUCCAAGCUCACUGAUAUUAUGGGCCUUCUUUCGCGCUCGAGCGCUCCCCUCUGUGGAGUUCAAACCCCGUUUGGUACUAAUUUUGAACCGCCUGCAAUUCUUGAAUAUUCUAGCGCCAGGCCAGACCAAACAGCUGAAUGGAUGAGCCAAGAGUACCUGCCUAAUCCUGAAGUGGGCGAAGGCCCUCUGUCAAGCGAGAAUCAAGAUUCCACUGAAAACACCCUAAAAAAUCCGUGGAAUUCAUCCGCUGCUAUGGACGUCGCGUGGGUCACCGACUUGGGACUCAGUCCUGUCGUCCUCGACCAUCUUCUAGACAGGUUCCGCGGCAUGGCGUCCUACUUUCCAUUUGUGCGGCUUCCAUACUCCUGUACUGCUGCAUCAAUGGCUGAAGAGCGCCCAUUCCUACUGCUUGCAGCUGUUACUGCUGCCUCCUCGAAAUACUGUCAUCUUCAGGACGCUCUGAUCCGACAAUUUAAAGAAUCCCUCAGCCAGCGGGUUGUCAUGGCCGGCGAGAAGGAUCUAGACCUACUCCAGGGAUUACUUGUCCACCUUGCUUGGUUCCAUUUCCACUUUGUUCCAGGGAGUCAACAAGCAUACCAGUACUUACAAAUCGCAAUCAGUAUGGUCAUUGACCUUCAUCUCGAUCAAGAGGCUGCCGAGCUGGUUGAGACACGAACCGAGCUGAGUAAUCCUUAUAUCCGGGAAAUAUGGCGUGCUUAUCUAGGCUGCUAUUACAUGUCUAACAUAAUAGCAUUGUCUUCGGGAAAGCCCAACAAUCUUCAAUUUCAUAAUGGUAUGCUUCGAUGCGCGAUGAUGUUGGAGCAACAACCAGAAUUUGAGACAGACCUCUUGAUACACCCAAUGACAAAAGUGCUACAGUUCACUGAGGACGUCUGUGAGACUCAUCGGUCGGAAGGCAUUUAUAGUCCUCGGUUAUACAUCCAUGCUGAAAGAUUCACGACGUUGUUAGAAGAGUGGUGGUCGUCUCUAUCAAUGGAUCUUCGAAAUCAGGUGUUGCUGAUCAACGGUUAUUAUGCCGUCAAAAUUCGGAUUCAAGAAAUGGGCUUGGUAUACUGCUACGGACAGAGAAGACCAUCGUCUACAAAGGCGCAGGAAGGUUCUACCAUCUUAUCUGCACAUCCAAUGGUCAUGAGGAACUUGAUCAACUGCGUCGGCUCUGCGAAAGAAUAUCUUGAUUCCUUUUUCGCCUUCCCUGCUACGGAGCAAGGUAGCUUACCGUUUUCUGCGUGGUGUCAGGUUGUUUUCACAGUCUUUGUGCUAUAUAGGUUGUCCGUGGGACUGCCAGAAGUACCCCAGUGGGACGUGAAAUUUGCACAGCAAAUUUUGGAUCUACAGGAAUACAUCGAUAUACUGUUGUCUCAUCUGCAGGCUAUUGAGCCAUUGCCAGAUAGGCAAAUACCCACCAAGAGCCUCUUUUUGAGGUUGCCCGAGAUCAUAGGAAGUGUAAGAACAUCCUAUGCAUUGGCAAAAGAGAAUCUCGCACAGGUUCAUGAUAGCCGCCAUGCUCACCACGAGCUCAAGUCUUCGAAUGAUACAGCCUCAUCUGUUCGAGUGCUGCACCGCUGCCCUGGAGUGCGGUAUUCGAGCCGUCCCGUCGCCCAGGCUCAGAAUCUACCCACACUACAAAGAGCUAUUGCUACGGAGGUCCAGAAUAUAGAAGAUGAGAAGCUUUGGUGCGAUGUUUCUUUGAUGGAUACAUUUUCUAGCAUGACAGGUUCAUCAUCUUUAGAGUUUUGA